CUGCAGCACAGCUGCCUGAACAGUUGCCCGCUAGCUAUUCAACCGUUCCUUCUCUUCUCGAGAACAACCUACCUUCAGCAAAGAUAAAAAGUAAUAAUUGUAAGAAAACCAUACCUUACAUGAUCACGAUGUCUGAGCAGAAGGAUAUCAUAUAUUUCGUUACUGGAGGUUGCGGUUUUCUUGGUCGACACCUGUUACAAGUCCUACUUGAGAAGGAGGAUACAAUAACGGAAAUCAGGUUGUUCGACAAACACAUCGAUUUAAGUUUACAAGAUCAAAGCACAGAGCGGAUUAAGGUGGUGGUGGUCCAGGGGGACAUCACAGAUUACUCCAGUGUUGUGGAGGUGUCGCAAGGAGCAACGGUGGUCAUCCACACAGCCAGCCUGGUGGACGUAUGGCACAGAGUUCCAGAGUCUGUCAUUGAGGCCGUCAAUGUCAAAGGAACUGUGAACGUCAUCAAUGCCUGUAUAGAGAAUGGCAUUCAGCAUCUUGUCUACACUAGCAGUAUGGAAGUGAUCGGCCCAAAUGUCAAAGGGGACCCCUUUGUCAGAGGCGAUGAAGAUACAGUCUAUAAUGUGUGUCAUGAGAUGCCAUACCCCAAGAGCAAGUCUAAGGCUGAAAAACUUGUUAUCGAGGCAAAUGGCACGAAGCUUAAAGGAGGGGCAUGUUUAUACACAUGUUCCCUGCGGCCCACGGGCAUCUAUGGAGAGCAGCACCAGCUGAUGAAGGACUUCUAUAUGAUGAGUGUACGAACGGGGGGGUUGGUGAUUCGAGGUGUUCCCCAAAGCACAGAACACGGACGUGUCUAUGCCGGAAACGUGGCCUGGAUGCAUGUUUUGGCAGCCCGAGCACUGCAAGAGCACCCCCGCAAACUUGCAGGGGAAGUGUAUUUUUGCUACGACGACUCGCCGUACAAGAGCUAUGAGGAUUUCAACAUGCAGUUCUUGUCGGCAUUCAACUUCCGCCAGAUCCGUAUUCCCCUGCUGCUGUUGUGGUUUCUGGCAUGCUUUAAUGAUCUGCUACGCUGGGUCCUGAAGCCUGUGCACAGCUACACGCCACUGCUUAACCGUUACACGUUGGCAGUUGCAAGCACGUCCUUCACUGUGCGCUCAGACAAGGCCCAGCGUCACUUCCAGUACCAGCCACUCUACAACUGGGACGAGUGCCGGGACCGCACUCAGAGAUGGGUUGACACCUUUCCUGUAGACUGCAUUAAAGAUGCUGUAAAGAAGAACUGAAAAUUAGUUUUAAGUUUCAUCACACCACAGAAGAAUGUGUUGGUAACAACCCAUCCAAAUUCGAAAAAAAAAAAAAGCUCUGACAAGUAUGUUAAAUGAGGCUUAGAAAUCGUGCGAAAAUCAGCAGUCUUCUCUGCUUGAUACUGGGGGGGCGUGUCGCCUGAAGGAGCUGAAGCUCCGCCCCCUCGAGUUUAUUGAAUUUAGCAACAACAGCAACAACUAGCUAAAUCAAUUGCAGAUAUCAGAACAGACUUACCUGCAGUCUCUGAUAUGUUUUAUGUGUUAAUUACCUUGUCUUUUAAAUAGUACCAGCUGAGUAACAGAAUUCAGAAUUCAUACGUAUAUAGGUUGGGUUUUGCCCCGCCUAAACAAAACCUGAGCUGAAAACGGAUGAGAAACUGUUCAACGAUCCCACUCUACAUUUUAGUGCAACUAAGUUUUAGAGCUUUGCACAUGCUUUCAGCAACUAAUUUCACACGUAUAAUGUACUGAGAAGCAAAUCAUGGAAUUUGCUUUACAGCAUCUUUAAAGACUCUUAAUCUUGACUGAUUCAUUAAUAACAGACCUCCAACUGUAUAAUAUAGGACCUGAGAUAGUUUUACUCUCAAAAGCAGUAUUAUCAUUUUUACAGACAUUUACAAACUGAAGACUACAGUACUAUUUUCUAUAAUUGUGUCUUUGCCAUGUAAUACAACAUGCUUCAGGUAGGCUAUUUUAUACAGUAUAGUAAACGCUGAAGACACUUUCUUGUCUUUAUAGGGAACAUUGCAAUAUCCAUCAUGAUUCAAGUAUGGCAGAGACAAGUUAAUUAUGAGGAUUGACAUAUUUUGUUAAUUACACACCAUGUGUGUGUGUGUGACUGAAAUGUAGAUUUGGCUACAUAAAACAAAAUUGAUUAGAGAAAUCAUUUAUUAGAAUGAUUAAAGUAAUGGGCUCAUUCAAGAAAACAAUAGAACUAGCUUUGAUUUGUUAUCUAGAAAUGCCAUUACAGUAUGUGCAAUAACAUUGUAUGUUUACUUUUGAAUAAAUAUAUUAAUAUAUUGAA